AUGCUGUUCUUAAGCCGGCAUUUGUCCCAAGCGACCCGAAGAGCGCUAUUGACUCCUCACAUACGUCUCAGCUCCACCGCCGCGUCUCCAUUAGAAGCUUCGAAAUUGGUCAUUGAAAAGACAAGUUCCCCCAAGGCCAAGAUUCCCAAAGAUGAGCUCGUUUUUGGAAAGACAUUCACCGACCACAUGUUGGAAAUCGAGUGGGACCAAGCUACAGGGUGGGGCGCACCAAAAAUCUCACCCUAUCACAACUUGUCGUUGGACCCAUCGACGAUUGUUUUCCACUAUGCCUUUGAGUUGUUCGAAGGAAUGAAGGCCUACAAGGACGCACAGGGGCAAAUCAGAACGUUCAGAGGCGACAAGAACAUGAUUCGAAUGAACAAAUCCGCGGAAAGAAUCGCGUUGCCAAAGUUCAAAGGGGAAGAAUUGCAGAAAUUGAUUGACCAGUUGUUAAUAUUGGAUCAAGAUUUCAUUCCCGAGGGAAAAGGCUAUUCCUUGUACAUUCGACCAACCAUGAUUGGAACAUCUGCAUCUUUGGGCGUCAGCACACCAGAUAAAGCCUUAUUAUACGUCAUUGCAUCCCCCGUUGGCCCUUAUUAUUCGAGCGGGUUCAAGCCUGUUAGCUUAGAAGCCACCGAUUACGCCGUGAGAGCAUGGCCUGGGGGCGUUGGAGAUAAAAAGUUGGGCGCCAACUACGCACCGUGCGUGUUGCCUCAAUUGAAAGCAGCCGAGAGGGGAUUCCACCAAAACCUCUGGUUGUUUGGCGAUGAGGGGUAUAUUACGGAAGUGGGAACCAUGAAUGUCUUUUUUGUCAUUAAGGAUCCCAAGACGGGAAAGAAGGAGUUGGUCACUGCUCCAUUAGAUGGCACAAUCUUGGAAGGUGUCACUAGAGACUCCAUCUUGGAGUUGACUAGGCAAAGAUUGCCCGCUGACGAAUGGAUCGUGAGUGAACGGAAAUUUACAAUUCACGAAGUCAAAGAGGCUGCCGAGAAGGGAAACUUGGUUGAGGCUUUUGGUGCCGGUACUGCUGCUGUUGUCUCGCCAAUCAAGAAUAUUGGCUAUAAAGGUGAGGACAUUGAUGUGCCAGUAGCGCUCGGUAACUCUGGUGAGUUGACGGCGCAAAUUGCAGAGUGGAUAAGGAAGAUUCAGUAUGGAGAGGAGGAGUACAAGGAUUGGUCUAGAGUUGCUCAGUGA